CUUUCUUAAAGGCCAAAGAGUAAAUGUUUUCGGCUCUGAGGUCCUUAAGGUCUCUGUUACACCUCCUCUGCCAUUGUGUCAAGAAAGCAGCCAGAGACAAGCCACUAAACCACCAGACGCGGCUGUGUUCGGGACCACUUGAUUUCCAUAACGGGCAGGCUCCCUGCUGUGGGGCCUUGAAGGCAAGCGCUCCGAAGAGGAGGAACCUGCAGAGGACCUCUCCGAUCAGACAGACCAGACCGCUUGCCUUAGCCCUGCGGCCCAUGGAGCUGAGAAACGAUGGCCGCCACAAGGAGAAUGUGGCCCCCAGGCCUGCGACACCCCUGAGGCCAGAGCAACGGAGAUUCCUGAAGAGUCGAGGUGUCGGCCCGGGCAGUGGACACGGCCGGUGGGUGCGCGUGUGCCAGGCCGAGAGGGAAGCGUCUGCCGCCACACACUCCCCGGGGGCAGCGCGGCUCCAGGAGCCUUGCAGGGUCCAGACCAACCUGGCCGGCCCGAGCCCCGGCCUGAGCCUCAUCCUCCAGGACACGACUGGCCGGCUGAUGAACUCCAGCUCGCAACAGCAGAGCAACGUGCAGACCCCGGGCGGCAGGCCCCAGGGGGGACCCCGAGAGUUUGCCGUCCGACAGAGUAACCUGAGCAUACGGGGGGCCAGCUUGGCCGAGUGCAGAAGUCACCUCAGCCCCCGCCUCCAGUCGGGGCUUCGGGACAGCUUCUGGCCCAACCCAGGACCCCGGGGUGGCCCUCUAUCCCGAGCAUCCCUGGCUUGCCCUUCCUCGCCAUUGCUGGGCACAGACACCCCGUGCCCCGAUGUCCAGCCUGCCACAGCCUUUGCCCCUUACGGCGGGCACACACGGCCAGGCUCCAGACCCUGGUGUGUCCUGGGGAGCUGGCCCCCGAGGCUCCUGGGGGAGCCCCUCACCCUGGAGGACCUGACUGUCCCGGUCCAGAGCCAGGCUCGGUUCCCAUCCCACAGUGCCUUCCACCAGCUGCUGGCCUCUGUGCGACAGUUGGAGCACGAGGUAGCCCGUCUGGGGUGCCGGGCAGCCCAGGACCCCGCGGGCCCGGCUCGCUGGGACCCCUGGACUGGCAGCGGCCAAGCACUCCCUGCCCACCGCCAGCCCAGCCAGUCUGUUCUUGCUUCCUGGGGUGGGAGGGAAAACCCCGUGCGGGGUCUCAGAGAAACUGCGGGAUUCCCUGGGACCCAGGGGGCCUGGGCUGGCCUCUCAGACUGUCAGGCAAGCAGUGAGCCUGCAUCACUGGAAACCGCGCUGAGGAUGCCGGCCGUGGAUUUCCUUGACCCUAAACAGGGGGUCUUUCUGGCCAACCGCCUAAGGCAAGGAGAGAACGUCUCCCUGGGGCCUACAUAUGGCCGCUGGCAGAAGACGGACCCCCAGCUCCCUCAAGGCGGGGGAAACAGGGAAGCCAGACCUUAUUCCUCGGCUCGCUCCAGGGCUGCCCGCGGCGUUCCACCUGGGCAGGAAGGAAGGGAGGUGGCCCCGCAGGAGCAGGUCAGCAAAGAGGAAGAGAGAACAGCUCCCUGCCCACCAGAUGCAGCCGCAGCACAGAGCGGCCCGCAGGUAGAGGCCAGAGGAGGCUGGCCGUGGGGGCUGGGGGGCCUCAGGAGUGCUCCCGGGAAUUCUCUUUGCCAGCCGGCUGCCACUACCCAGUUUUGCUCCCUGCCCCCCAGAAGGGGGAGCGUUGGACAGGCAGGCUUGGCGUCCUGUCCUGCUUCCUCCUCGGAGAGGGGCUUCCCAGGGCCCCAAGGACGGGAAUGCAGCACCCGCAUCGGUGCCAGACGGGGGAUGGGGGUGAUGCCCAGCCCCCAGCUGCCCCCUGGGGCUGAGGGGCCAGGCCUGGCCCCUGAUGAGCGCUGGGCUGGCCCCAGCGGCCGGUGGCUGUCCAGAUGUUUCAGAGCCUGGUGGCAUCUGGUGCGGAAACAGAGGGCCGUGGCCGCAGCGGUGGCACUGAGCCGCCAACAGCUGUUGCACAGGGGCCUGCGGGCCCUUCGGCGGGCACUGCGGCUCCGGGAGGCCCGGCUGGAGGCGGUGUGGAAGCGACACACUCGGGCCCUGCUGGCCCAGAGCUUCCGAAAGUGGAGAAACCAGACUCUGCAGCAGAAGCAAGGGCAGCCCCAAGUCCAGGCUGGGCCGGGACCCCCACCGUCUGGGACAGACCAAGGCCAAAGCCCUUCAGGAAGGGAGCCAGUGGCAGACCCCGCCUGGAGAAGCAGGGCGCCUGGGUGGCUCCAUUGGAGGGAGGAGGCAGGAGCCUGGCCGAGAGCAGAUGGAGGCAAGGGAGAAAUACAGAUGCUUCAGGCCUUGCAGCAACUGGCUGGCUUCCUCUUAUGGUGCCAUCAGAAGGAAUGGGCCAGGCAGGAGAGGGGGGGCCGGGGAGAGGCCCCCCAGGCCAUGCUGAGGACUCAGAGGAGGGGGACGCCCCCCAGGCCUGGGUCCCAUGUUGCAGACACACCCAGGGUGGCCUCGCUGGACACCCAGCCGCAGAGAGCCUGGCUCCGCAGGUGGUUUGGGGCCUGGCAGCAGUUCGUGCAAAGAGGGGCCCAGUACCGGGACCGCCUGGCUCACCGCCGGGCAGGGACCCUGAAGACGUGUCUGCAGCAGUGGGUGUGGAUGAAGCAGCUCCAGGCCUCAGAUGGGGCGAAGGUGACCCGGCUGUCCCUCUGCUGGCAGAAGGCAGGGGCCCCCUCGCCCUCCCACCCCGGCAAACAGUCGCGAGGCCUGGGGGCGAUGGCCCAGGAGCAAGGCUGCGGCUCCCUGCAGGAGGCCUGCCGGAGACUGGCCCUCCGCCGCGCGCUGCUGCUCUGGAGGACGCGGCUGUCCCAGCGCCAGAGGGCUGACUCCUUCCUCCAGGGUGUGCGACAGCAGAUGAUUCUGUGUAUCCUGAAGGGGUGGCAUCUGAGGGCAUGGCAUCUGGGCACCCCAUCAGGCAGUGCCAGGAGCACCUUGGCCAUGGAGCUGCUGGCCAGCAUCCCGGGAGGGGAGGCCUUGCUGGGCUGCGGCACAGCCCAAAGCUCACUAGAGGUGAGGGGCUGGCCUGGCGGGGGGCCCCCGCCCUCCUGGAGACCUCCGUGGCUGAGCUUUUUGUGGGCAGCUGGGCAGCAGCGGAAGACGCGGUGCUUCCUGCUCUGGCAGGUGCAGACACAGCGGUCCCGGAGGGCAGCGAGGUGGCGCCGGCGACCUCUGCAGAGGCGACCAGGGCUGGGAGAGCCUCGGGUGGCCGUGACCAUCCUCAGGGUGGACGCUCCCCUUCCUAGCAUCCUUCUCGGCUGGAGCCACUGGGCAACAGCCCAGGGGGCCCAGGGAGAGCUGGCUGUCGGCUGGGCCUGGGAUCGGAGCUGCAGGGCCGCACUGGGCGUGUGGCGGCGGUGGCUGGCGCAGAGGCUGAAGGCAGGGCGGUGGGCCCGGACCCGGGAUCGCACACUGGUUCGAGGCGCCCUGCACCGCUGGCACGCCCGCUGGCAGACACCCCGUGGCAUCAGCCUCUCUCUGGCCACAGAGCAGCAGCUACUUCAGGAAAAGUACCAGCGGUGGGUGCAGCUCCACCUCCAGGGCCUGAGGAGGUCCGUGUUCCAGAACUGGCGGUGGGCGGCAGCUCGUCGGAGAUGCACAGCGGCCCCGCCAGAGCAGAGCCAUUUCCAGGCCCCACGUGGAGUUGCGAGAGACGCAGAGGUGUUCCCAGCCACCCGAGCCUUUCAGGAUGGCCUGAGAGAGGCCCCGGGGACCACAGUUUCUAUGUGGCGGGAGGCAGGAGCAGCCAAAGCCCGGGCUCGGGAGCAGCACAUGCCCUCGGUCCCCAUGGCCCACUGGAGAAGCUGUGUGCAGGGGGGCCGGGCGGUGGUGCCGCGGAGGCGGCGAGUGGCCCUGGGCUGGACAUGGGUCCUGGAGGCCCGGGCCCAGGCAGCAGCCAGGGGCCGUGUCCAGCGAGCCGCCGUCACCCAGUUCCGGCAGGCUGCGUCCAGACGCCUCGCAUGGACCCGCCGGGCCCAGUGGCAGGCCGCUCUGCUCCGUGGGUGGUCGGAACCACGUGGGGCAGGGGCCCUGGGGGCCUGCACGGUUGACCGCAGGCAGCAGCCCGGGGUGGCCAGCAGAGGGCACCUCCAAGCACUGCCGGACACUCCAGCCCAGGGGAAGCAGAGGAGCAGCUGGGCUCAGGCUCUGGAGGGGCCUAAGUGGGGGGACAGCCUACUCGCAGGCUGUGCUGGCACUGGCACCGGCACCGUUUCCAGCCACGAUGGGAGGACGGGGGAAGAGGCAGUGGUGUGUGCUGAUGGCCACGCUAGUGCGGGGCACCCUCUCCGUCUCCCCCGAGCCUCAGGGCCACACAAGAGGAGGCGGCCCUGCUUCCGGGGCAGGAGGGGAAAAGACCCUACCAGGCCGCCUGAGUUCCAGGGGCCCAAGCCCAUCGGUUCAGCUUUUCCUCUCCGGCUGUUCCCUCAGACCCACGGCUACAGGACACGGCCCAGCCCAACCCAGCAGCACAGCCGCGGGGGACAGAAGGAGCGGAGAGAAAUGUCCUGGGCUCAGAGUAAGGAGGCCUUAAAUCCGCUUCCGGCAACGUGGCGAAUCCAUUCUAGGUACUUAUCUUCGUUGACCUUUUCUUUCCAGGUGACCGAGAGCCUCCCCUCUGCCGUGCCUUCCAGGUCCAGUUGCAGUGGCUGGGAUGCCCCAGCCCCGCCCAGGGCCCACGCCCCAGAAGACUCGGAGGGAACCACAGCUCUGAGGCCAGCGUUCUCGAAGGCCAAGGCGUGGCCACCGAGAGGCAGCUGGGGUAAGUUCAGCUGCCGCACGCCCAGGGGCUCGCCUGAGCCAUGGCCGGAGCCGGGCCCUUUCUGGCCGGCGCUCAUUCCCUCAUUCCUGGAGGACCCACGGCCCUGCCCUUCUACCUGGUCACGAAGGGCUCCUGGUGCCCCGGGCCAUCAGGGUGCACAGCAGGGCCUCGCCCCCCCCCCCCCCCCCCCCGGCCUCCAGGAGGAGAUACCUGCAGUGUUGGCACCUGGAGGCUCUGCUCCGCCGGCUGCAGUGGUCCCUGCAGGCCAGGUGCCUGGCAGCAACAUGGCAGCAGUGGGCACAUGCUCGGGGAGAGGAGCGGCUGGCACGCAUGCUGGUGAGCGGGGCCGGCCCCUCCCCAGCCCUGCACUGAUCUCUCCUCUCAUCUCACCUCAACCCUCACCCCUAAGUGCUCUCCCCGGGGGCAUCUUGGUCUGCGUGGGGCCAGGCGCUGGCAUCUGCAUUAAUGCAACUCCCUCCCCCGACAGCCAUCACAGCCCUUCGUCCCAGUGCUGCACACUUGUAGGGGGAAGACGCGGCAGAGGGGCUGAGGGGCGGCGGCGGGCCGGCCUGGGGCCUCACCACCUGUCCCCACAGCUCAGGCAGUGGCACCUGAGGCGGGCCUGGCGCGUGUGGCGGUGGCGAGUCCUGAGGCUGCGGGCGGCUCGGCGAUUACAGCAACAGGAAGGCGGCCAGGUCCUUUCCCAGGCCUUUGAGAAGUGGCGCCAACAGCUGGCAGCCAGGGGCCGGAAGAGAGGAGCCACCAGUGGCCCAGUACCCCCGUGGAAGGCGGGCAUCGGGAACCCUGGGAGCAUCCUGGAAGCUGCCCGAGCCCCCGUGUGGGGUGGACCCGGGGUGGACGUGGGGUGGGGCGGGGGGCCCAGCUGCAGCUGUGACUUGUUCCCAAGAAAAGAAAAACAGAGCUGAGCCCAGGCUCCGUGAGGAAGGAAGCACGCCCCACCCAUCCGGGGACUGCAGGCUCAGGCCACCAGGCACUCAUCCCACAGCCUGGGGACAGAGCUCUGAGGGACAAUAAAACACCCUCCGUGGUCCUA